AUGUAUUGCUCGCCUAGGUUUACGUCAUUACAAUACGCUGCAGUCAAUACUGUCGGCUGUAAUGAGCUUGAAGUUUUCGUAAGAGAAAUGGAAAAAUUUCCACUGAAUGAGCCCGUGGAUGUUAAGCCCGUUGUAUUAGCUGCUUGUGCAAAUAUGUUCAUGCAAUAUAUGUGCUCCACAAGUUUCCCUUAUGACGAUAAAGAUUUCAGAAAAAUAGUGAGAGAUUUUGACGAGAUUUUCUGGGAAAUUAAUCAAGGAUAUGCUGUAGAUUUCUUGCCAUGGCUGUUGCCUAUGUACAGUAAGCACAUGAGUAAGUUAUCCCUAUGGGCUGCAAAUAUCAGGGAGUUUAUUCUAGCUAGAAUCGUGCAGGAUCAUGUCAAAACUUUGGACUACCACGCACCACCAAGAGAUUUCACAGAUGCCUUGCUAAUUCAUCUCCAGGAAGAUCCCAAUAUGGAGUGGCAACAUAUUAUUUUCGAAUUGGAAGAUUUUAUUGGUGGUCACUCUGCUAUUGGUAACUUGGUGAUGAUGGUUCUAGCAAAUGUUGUAAAAUAUCCAGAAAUUGCUGCGAAAAUUCAAGAAGAAGUAGACAGUGUCACUAAUUACGGCCAGCGUUACGUAGACCUUUUCGAUAAAGAAGCGAUGCCAUAUACUGAAGCUGUCCUAUGGGAAACUUUACGUAAAGGUUCUUCUCCAAUUGUACCUCAUGUUGCAUCUACAGACACUGAUAUAGAAGGUUUCCCUAUAAAACGUGGCACCAUGAUUUUUUUAAAUAAUUACGAACUAAAUUUAAGUCCCGAAUAUUGGGAUGAUCCUGAACAAUUUAAACCAGAAAGAUUCAUUUCUGCAUCCGGAACCGUCGUGAAGCCAGCACAUUUUAUACCUUUCAGCACUGGAAAAAGAACUUGUAUUGGUCAACGCCUAGUACAAUGCUUUAGUUUUAUCAUUAUCUCGACACUUCUACAAAAAUAUGACAUUUCUCCAGGCUCUGAAAUAAAAAUUAAACCUAGUUGUGUGGCCGUUGCUCCAGAUUGCUUUAAACUUAUCUUAAAGACUAGGAAUAAAAAUCAAAACUAA